AUGACUUGGUCACGCCCAAAAGAUUACACGUCCCGACCUAUCGCCAUUCUAGGCGGUGGUGUCUUGGGACGUAGAAUUGCUGCUUGUUUUGCAAGCGUCGGAUGGCACGUCAUCAUCCGAGAUCCAUCUGAAAAGUCGAGGACAGAUGCGAUUGCCUACAUCGACGCAAACAUCACCGACUAUCUCACCAUAUCCCAUGGAGAAAAGGGAUCAUGGGAGGCGACCGAAGACUUCGGUGCAGCUGUCAAGGACGCCUGGCUUGUCUUUGAGGCUGUGCCGGAGAUUCUGAGGCUUAAGGAAGAUACAUUCCUGGCCCUUGAGAAGCAGGCGCCGUCGGAUUGUAUCCUGGCCUCUAAUAGCUCGUCCUUUAUGUCAAGAGAGCUUUUGGGCAAGGUCAAGGAAUCCACCAAGGCUCGCGUGCUCAACACACAUUUCAUGAUGCCUCCCCAGGCCCUUAUCGUGGAACUUAUGACAUCUGGCAGCACUGCUGGCAACCUCUUCCCUUUCCUUUCGCAAGAGUUGACCAAGUGCGGGCUAAAACCCGUCACUGCCAAAAAAGAGUCGUCCGGCUUCAUUUUCAACCGUAUUUGGGCAUCUAUCAAGCGUGAGGUGCUAAUGGUCAUCGCGGAAGGCGUUGCUGAUCCCCAGACCAUUGACCAAGUCUGGAUGGAUAUGUACCAGUCGCCAACUGGCCCCUGCACUAUGAUGGGUGUUGGCCUCGAUACCGUCGAGCACAUCGAGGAGAACUAUGUUGAGAAACGUGGCCUACCCAAGACAACCCUGGAGUGGCUGCACGAGAAUUACAUCGCCAAGGGAAAACUUGGAAAUAAAUCCGAUCAGGGUGGACUAUACCCUGUGCCGCCGUCUGGCGAGAAGACCAAGCUCCUCGUCCUCAACUUCUACCAAGGUGCAAGCCCUGGGGAACUGACGCCCGAGACUUACCUCUCUAGUGGCCAGAUCCUGGAGUUCUCAGUUGAGAAUAAAAACGCCCGCCCAAACGCGCUGGUCUCUGGACAGGCUGUCCCAGAUGGUAUCGACGUGUAUGGCAACAGGAUGUACUGGACUUGCAUGGGCUACCCCCCUGCCAAUGAUGGGGCUGUCUAUAGCGCCAAGUUAGACGGCAGCGAUAUUCAUACCGUCAUCCCUCGUGGUCAUGCCCACACUCCCAAGCAACUGCACAUCAGCCAGAAAAGCAAGAAGAUCUACUUCUGUGACCGCGAAGGGCUCCGCAUUCAUCGAUGUAACCUGGACGGAACAGGGCAUGAGAUUCUCGUUCAGACGGGGGAUUUCUCUAAAGAUCCUCAAUUGGCCGCCGACCAGACCAACUGGCCUGUCGGUAUCACCGUGUCCGACAAGUUGGGAAAGAUCUUCUGGACUCAGAAAGGGCCCUCCAAGGGCAACGGCGGCAGGAUCUUCUCUGCUAGUAUCGACAUACCCGAAGGCAGCGACGCAUCGUCGCGCGGGGACAUUCAAGUAAUUGCGAAAGACUUACCAGAACCCAUCGACCUUGAGUUCGAUGAGGAUAACGGGGUGCUCUAUUGGACUGAUCGAGGAGAGAUGCCACUCGGUAACACGCUCAACAAGAAGACAAUAGUUGGACAGCCCCCGACUGCUGAGAAUAAGCUGGGAAGACAGAUCAUUGCUCAAGGGUUCGCGGAGGCGAUUGGUCUGCGACUGGAUAAGAAACACGAUUGCAUGUAUGUCGCCGACUUGGCGGGAAGGCUGUGGCAGUGUAAGACCUACCCUGGCCCCAAGAAGAAGAUUUACGAGUCCGCUGGACAUGCGUAUACUGGUCUUGCGAUAGUUCGUGACUGA